UAUAUAAGUUUCCUUACCGAUCUCUAGCAGGCUGGCUUCUGACAGUGCUGGACAUUUAUACACCUCGGUGACCUUGACAUAGAUAAAAUCAUUUAUAUCCACAAUGACAGCCUGUUUUAUUGCCGGGAUUGUGCUGUUGGGAUGUGUGUUCCUUCAAGGUGUGACGGCACGCAGUGCUAACCUCCGCACCGUCAAUACCGAUUACCACUUCUCCACAUGGACGAAAGGAGUGGCGAUUCCUUAUUGUCUGGAUUCGACCUUUUUGCAGAACGAGGUCGAUGCGUUCAACAAGGCCCUCGCCAACAUUACCGCUACUAUCGGCAGCUGUAUGACCUGGACCCCCGUAGCCUGCAGUGCCACAACAUUUAAGAACCACUUCAUGCCCUUAACGGAUGGUACGACCCCGUCGUUCGCUUAUCCAGGAAAGAAUUUAGAUCUGGCCAAUUACACAAAGUCGGGAGUAUACGAGCAGGUUGUCGGAUUACAGCGUUCCGAUAGUACAAUGUGUUCCACGGAUUAUCGUUGUAUCAUGAAAUGGUUGGCUGUUACAAUGACCUUGCGCAUGGAACACCAACGCUACGAUCGCGACCCGUACAUCACCGUAAUAACGGCCAACUUGCGCGUUCCGUCAGCGUACACCAAGUAUCUCGCAAACGGAGAAGCCUACUGGGGAUUGUAUCCCGUAUACGACUACUGCAGUAUCACGCAUAAUCAAGAUACCGACUACGCCGUAGCCGGCACCAAAGCCUUCACCGUCUCCCAGGCCCCCUACUGCAUCCCCAAGCUGCCGACAAUCAGCAAAUACGACUGCUAUUAUCUUACCAAAAAUUAUCAAUGCCCGUCAGCCGUCUGUGACAGUCUUCCCGACUGUGCGAGCCAGACCUGCCAGCCGGCGACAACCACUCCCACCACAACACCAACAACACCCACAACGCCCACCACGCCCACCACCCCCACGACCCCCACUACCCCCACCACGCCUACCACGCCUACAACGCCCACAACCACGCCCACCAGCACCACCACGGGUUCAACGACCACCUCCACGUCCACCACGUCGACCACCACCACGACCACACCUACCACCACAACAACCACCACCACCACCACAACCACCGCGCCCGUGUGCAUCGACUUUUGCCUGGACACGACCAACAUUGACGAAGCGUCCAAACUCUAUAAUGGAAACUACUACAUGUUUUCCGGAAACUGCAUGGUACAAAUCGAUACCAGCAACAAAUUGGUUGGCCGUUCAGUGCAGAUCAACACACUCCUUCCCGGUGUCACCGGACCGGUGAAGUCGGUGUGGACGGAUAAGUACGGGACCACGUUCGUUAUCACCGGCACGGCUCAAUAUCAAUGCCUCGGUACCCCGGUCAACUGCAUCACCCUCCCGAUUGUGGACACGGCUUUUCCCCGUACGGAUUUCUUAGGAACCUUCUUUAGCUUGACCUCGGCCGCCCCGACCACUACCUAUCAGAACGAUGCGCAGAAUGCCGUGGUCCCCAUCUCCCUUGGUGUUAAUUGCCAGUACACCGGCACGUGUGUGGUGGAUCCGGCGACAUGGAGUGCCAUGUAUACUCUUGCUAUAUCACCCACGUUUGGCAUAAUGUACGUCAUCGGUAAGAGUCCGGCCACGCCGGGACCGGUGCAGCGGGCCAUGAUGACCUUAAUGCAGGCGGACGUAAUAACUCCGGCCAACGCCGGCGCCGGUACCAGCAACAAUUUGGCUACGGUCGGCAAUGAUGGUGUCCUGCUUAGUACCGUCCUGGGUUGUCCUAAUGCGGGGGCAGGAUAAACUGCACCUUCACAGCCAAUACGUCAAAAGCUAUAAUUUGUCGCCUUGGGAUGGGAAAAACAAGUCUUUUCGACUGUUUGGCUUGAUCUACUUUUUUACUACUUGAUCAUGUUUGCUGGAGUGUUUUCUGCACAGACGUGUCGCUUUCCUAAUGUAAGAAAAGCUGGAGUAUAAGGAGCAGUGCUUUAAAUUUUCCGAUUCUUACA